AUGUUGGUUGAAAAAAAACCGAAUGAUGAGAAGUUUGCAAUAGCUUCCCAAGAUGGCGGACGCUUUUCCGAAACCAAGAUCAAAGAAAAUAUCGAUAGAAACAUCAAUGACUGCAGAUUAAUUUGCAUGGAAACCAAAAACCCUCACUAUGGUACAGGUUUUAUCAUCUCAAGAAAAUGGAAAAACAACAUCUACAAAUAUUGGAAAAUUUCUGAUAGAAUAUCUGUGCUACAAUUGAAGACAAAAGAAUCUAGAUAUGAAUCUGAACAUCAAGGAGAAGCGAAACUUAAAAUCAGGAAAGUAAGUCAUUUUACAAGCACUACGAUAAAUAGAAAGAAAACCAAACAAAAACUAACGAGGAAAGAUGAAAAUGGAUUGAUUACGAUCAUAAAUGUCUAUGCAUUGACCUCUGAUAUUGCAUCAAAACAUCCAGAAGAAGUAGAUCAGCUAUACCACCAGAUAUCAAAUAUCAUCAAUAAAUACAAAAAUAAAAGUUUGAUCACCUUAAUAGCUGGGGAUUUUAAUAGCAGAGUAGGAAAAGCGAAAGAGGAAUGUACAGGUAUCUAUGGUAAAGGAAAAAGAAAUGACAAUGGACAACUCCUAAUUGAUUUUUGCAACAUCAACAAAUUAUUUUUAGCCAAUACAGCAUUCAACCAUCCUGCUAAACAUAUAACAACUUGGGCAAAUCAAAGACAAAAUGCAAACAAAGAUAAAGUCAUCACAAUAUAUUCACAAAUAGAUUUCAUCAUUGUUCUUCAAAAACAAAAACAUAUCCUACAAGAUGCCAGGUCAUUUAGUGGAACCAUGACAAGUAGUGACCACAGAUUAGUACUGAGUAAAAUUAAAGUUAAACCUUUUCAAGUCUUUAAAAAAACAAGGACGGUGAAAGAUAACAUCAAGAAAGUAGACAUAACACACCUUACCAAUAAUGAAAACAUGAGAAAAGCUUACCAACAAAAUCUAGAAACAAGUUUACAAUCAAAUGUUUCAGAAAACAUCAAUAACAUAAGAAAAAAAAAGAAACAUAAGAAAAAUGGGAUGCAACAGAUCCCAAGAAAUCGUAACCAUGGUCAUAACUAUGAUCCAGAAAUUGAACAAAUGUCAAAAACACAAAAGGAACUUCGUAUUCAAAUCAGUAACUGCGAAGAUCUUGACAAGAUGACAAGGUUAAAAAGCGAAAGAAAUAACAUUAUGAGACGUAUCAAAGACAAGCUGCUAGAAAAUAAAACAAAAGAAAUCGAAAAUAAAUUAAGUGAAAUCUACCAAAUGAAGGAUACAGCAAAAACGUUCAAAGCCCUACGGAUGCUGCACUCAAAACCAUAUGAAAAUCCAUAUGUUCACGACGAAACUGGUAAACAUAUCGCAUCACCACAACUAGUAUAUGAAACAAUUAAAUCUCACUUUCAAACACAAUUCUACAAACCAAAUGAAACCAACUUACAACAAUUCAUCGAUAAUCCUAAACCAUUGAACCAACCAAUUACUACUGAGGAAAUCAGAAAAUGUGCAAAUCUACUUAACAACAACAGAGCAUCAGGUUUCGAUAACAUAUCAGCUGAACUUAUUAAAUAUGCUCCCACGAUUUGUCACAAUGAAAUAGCUGAUAUAGUGAAUGACUGUUUCAACAAAAAUGAAGACAUCGAUGUUGGAAAAGGUAUCCUCAUCCCACUGUGUAAGCCUAAAAAACCUAAAGGCCCUGUUAAAAAUCUACGUCCUGUAACUCUACUUCCAAUCAUACGAAAGAUUAUUUCCAACGUAGCUCUUCAACGCAUCAAACCAAAAAUUGACGACUACCUUUCAUUAAGCCAAAGUGCUUUCCGACAAAAUCGAAGCACGCUGUAUGGACUCAUCGCUGGUUAG